AUGGCAGGUCGCAGUGGGUUUGACGAUGGUAAUCUGAGGGACUAUGGAGGCGGCAGGAGAACGACGGGAGGCCGUCCGCUUCCGUCAGAGCCUCCGUACAAAGCUUACGUCGGAAACUUACCCUCUGGUAUCAUCCAAGGCGAUAUUAACAGAAUCUUUCCAAAUUUGUCUAUCAAAAAUGUUAGGCUGGUUAUGGAUAAGGAAACAGACAAAUUCAAAGGAUUUUGCUAUGUAGAGUUUGAAUACCUAGAUGACCUCAUCAAGGCAAUAGAACUCAAUGGAGCUCUUAAUGUAGAUGGUAACAUUAUCAAAAUUGAUGUUGCUGAAGAAAAACGAAAUGACAGAGGGGGUGGCUUCGACCGCGGCCGGCGGGACGGCGGACGCGAAGGGCGCGAGGGCCGUGGCGGGUUCAGGCGGGAAGGGCGCGGUACGUACGACCACUUCGACGCGCAAGAGCGCCGCGCUCCCCGGCACCAGGGUGGCGGGUUCACACAUGACACCCCAGAGCGCGAGCGGGCCGGCGUCAGCGGGGAGCGCUGGGCGGAGCGGGGCGGCGAGCGCGGCGGGGAGAGGUGGGCGGAGCGCGGGGAGAGGGCGCGCGGGCCCUCGGAGGAGUCCCGCGGGGGAGGCGGAGGCGAGUGGAGCCGCAUGGGCCGCGGGGGCGCAGCGCCGCCCGGCCCGCCUCGCCAGGCGCCGAGGAGGAACUUUGAUGAUAUGCCACCUUCGCGACCAGACAACAUUCCAGACACGUCGGGGCGUCCGCGCCUAGUGCUGGAGCCGCGCACGGUGAAGGAGCCGGUAAACUCGCUGGCCGCCACCAGCCAGGCCUCGUCGAUAUUCGGCGGAGCUCGGCCCCGGGAGGAGCGGCUCAAGGAGCUCGCAGGAGAG